AUGUGGCGCUCACGGCCCUGUCUGGCUCGCUCCGUAAUUUGCCUCCUCCUCCUCGGCCUCCUUACCUUCCUCCUCAACCUCUUGGGCUCCGAGCUACUCUCAGUCGGCCCGCGAGACGUCCAGAUUACCGUCAUGGGAGACGAUUUUAUCGACAGUCCCGGUGGCGGUCCCCACAGAAAACAGCCAGUUUACCUGCCCCCCGAGGGGGAGAAAUCCGGCCCCCCUAUCGUAGUCUGGUGGACCCCCUUCACGGGGGACCGGAGGGUGGAGAGAAAGUGCACAGACGGGGCGUGUCUCUUCACACAUAGUCGUACGGAGCAGAACAAUUCUCGCACAAAGGCCUUCAUGUAUUACGGGACUGACAUAGACUGGAGAGAUCUCCCUCUGCCUCGACGAAGGGACCAGUUCUGGGCACUGCUUCAUGAAGAGUCGCCCAAAAAUAACUGGAUACUGGCUAGCGAGGACGGCAUAUCUCUCUUCAACCUCACGGCCACAUGCAGUCGUUACUCAGACUACCCACUCACUACCCAGUUCCUGCACAAGUUAGCGUGGCUGGAGACACCGGUAGAGGUCGAGACAAGCCGCAAGAGCUCCGAGGGGCUCGGACUUGUGAUGUACCUGCAAAGUGAUUGUAAUCCUCCGUCCGAUCGCGACUCAUACGUUCAGGAACUAAUGAAGUAUGUCACCAUCGACUCGUACGGAAAGUGCCUGCAUAAUAAAGAUUUACCAGGGCAUCUGGUGGAUCCUCUCACCUUCAGUUCCAAAGAAAUACUCUCCCUCGUGUCCAAAUACAAGUUCACCCUGGCGUUUGAGAAUGCACGAUGCCACGAUUACAUCACCGAGAAAUUCUGGCGGCCAUUGUACGCAGGCUCGGUGCCAAUAGUGUUGGGGUCCCCCUCAAUCAAAGAUUGGGCCCCCACAAAUCACUCUGUAAUAGUAGCUGAUGAUUUCUCCAGUCCGAAAGCAUUAGCCGAGUAUCUCCAUUAUUUGGACGAAAAUGACAAAGAGUACGAGAAAUACUUGGAGUACAAGAGGACAGGUAUAACCAGCCCCCUUCUACUGGGGCACAUGCACGUCCGAAAGUGGGUGGUUGACUAUAUCGAAGAAGGCAUAAAUUUUAUCGACGGAUUCGAGUGCCACGUCUGUGAUCAGAUUCACCGGAGACUGAGACUCCAGUCUGAAGGUCUAGACCCUCUGCCACUCAUAGCCAGUGGAGCUCACUACAACUGUUUGCACCCGAGGCCGGCUCUGAAGGGAGACGGUGAACACUCGGAUUGGAUGGAGCUGGUCAGCGAGGGAGCAAGAGAUGAAUUGAGUUACUGGAGGUACGUGGCACGGUGCUCCGCCAGGAAGGGCAGAGCCCUGAGAGACUCGUUGGCCGGUGGAGGGACUAAUGACAGCGUGGCUCUGGCACUCUACGACGCUUGCCACGGGGUGGUCGUGGAAUGA